CCAAUCAAAAUUAAAGCUGCAAAAAUAUAUAAUUACUUUCUAAAAUUCAAAAUGUUUGCUAAAAUUAAUGUUGCAUCAUUCUUAAUUACACUUUUUGUGGUACUAGUUGAGGGUAGUAACAUGAUAGAGAGUAUUUUUGAAGAUCAUGAGAAUUCAAUUGGAACUAAAUGGGCUGUGUUAGUAGCUGGAUCAAGUGAAUGGUAUAAUUACAGACAUCAGGCUGAUAUAUGUCAUGCUUAUCAAUUACUGAAAAAAGGCGGUCUAAAAGAUGAAAACAUUGUUGUAUUCAUGUAUGAUGACAUUGCUUACCAUUCUGAAAAUCCUAAACCUGGAGUUAUCAUAAAUAAGCCACAUGGCCCUGAUGUGUACAACGGAGUACCCAAGGAUUACACAGGAAAACAUUGUAAUGCUCAAAACUUUUAUGGUGUUGUCCUGGGAAACAAAAGUGCUCUAACUGGAGGCAGUGGAAAAGUUGUAAACAGUGGUCCAAAUGAUUAUAUUUUUAUUUACUAUGCUGAUCAUGGUGGUUCUGGUGUAAUUGAUAUGCCUAUAGAACCAUCAAUUUAUGCCAAGGACCUAAAUGAGGUCUUGAAGAAAAAACAUGCUUCUAGGACUUACGAAAAAAUGGUAUUUUAUCUGGAAGCUUGUGAAUCUGGAAGUAUGUUCGAAGGUCUUCCUUAUAAAGGUUUGAAUAUUUAUGUAACGACUGCAUCAAAAGCCGAUGAAGAUAGUUUUGCUACAUAUUGUUCCCCAAAAGGUUAUGAAACUACUUGUUUGGGAGAUUUGUUCAGUGUUUCUUGGCUAGAGAAUAGUGAAUUGCAGGAUCGACAAGUUGAAACCUUGAAGAAGCAGUAUCAACGAAUUCGUAAAAGAGUGUUAAACAAUGGUACAGAAGGUUCCCAUAUGAUGGAAUAUGGUGAUUUACAUAUACAUGAGGAUGCUCUUUCCAUAUAUAUGGGUUCUAAUUUCCCAACACAUACUUCUACCAAGAAUAACUACGCCUCAAACUCAAGAUAUGUUAAUCAACGCGAUGUUCAACUCUUAUAUCUCAUAUCCAAGUUUCAGAAUGCUCCUGAAGGGUCUAGAAGAAAAUCGGAAGCUUAUAGGAAACUAAGUAAAGUUAUAUUAAAAAGAGAACAUGUAGACAAGAGUGUAAAACAUAUUGGACAAAUUUUAUUUGGAGUUGAGAAUGGUCAAAAAGUGCUCAACAUUGUUAGACCUGCUGGACAACCCCUUGUUGAUGAUUGGGAUUGUCUUAAAUCCUUUGUGAAGAUAUUUGAGUCGCAUUGUGGAUCAUUGACUAGCUAUGGUAAAAAAUACGUCCGUGGAUUUGCUAAUAUGUGUAAUGCUGGAAUUCAAAGGGACCAAAUGGAUGCAGCUGCUAAACAAACAUGUUCUUCUUAAUUAAGGAAUAAAUUAAUUACUGAUCAUGUAACUUGUAUUAAGCAACUUCAUUAUUAUUAAUAGAUCUUAUGAAUAUUUAUAUGUUA